CCCAACAAGCUCAGUACGGCUAUGCAUGAAUACAGCAGUAUCGAAUGUCCUUCUCGGUCUUUUUCCGCAACCCAGUACCCACUGACGCGCCUUAAAUCCUGAUUAACUGCAUGAAAGCCACGUGGCGAGCUUGCUUCGGACAUCCCAAGCGACACGCGUGACACGUUUGGUUCUGGGGAAUUUUCCUCUCCGAUCAGAAAGCCUAGCUUCAACCCGUGGCACUUGCUCUACUGAAAUUGAGUGGCAAAUUUGGGAAAUCGAGCAAGUUGAGGCAAUUUCUACUGUGUCGGUUAGAUGGUUUUAGAAGCUUCUUACUUCAUCCAGUUGUUUUUAGCAUUUGCAAAAGAUAUGUGACUUCCUUGUUCCUAGUUUUAGCUGUUAAGCAAAAUUUGAGGUUUCUGAUACUUUGAUACCUGCUUUUCCAUCUCAUAUUACAUCUUGUGAGUCUCUACAAAAACCGCAGGUUGUGGAGUUUUAGUUUAUAAAAACUAAGAUGUCUUCUCCAAGCAAGAGGAGAGAGAUGGAUGUCAUGAAGUUGAUGAUGAGUGAUUAUACUGUGGAGACUAUAAAUGAUGGACUCAAUGAAUUCAACGUGGAAUUCCAUGGUCCAAAAGAAAGCCUUUAUGAAGGCGGGGUUUGGAAAAUCCGUGUUGAGCUUCCUGACGCUUAUCCAUACAAGUCUCCUUCUAUUGGGUUUUUGAACAAGAUAUACCACCCAAAUAUUGAUGAGCUAUCUGGUUCUGUGUGCUUGGAUGUUAUUAAUGAAUCUUGGAGUCCAAUGUUUGAUCUGUUAAAUGUGUUUGAAGUUGUCCUUCCACAGCUCUUGCUUUAUCCGAAUCCUUCCCACCCAUUUAAUGGUGACGCCGGAGCAUUGUUGAUGAAGGAUCGGAAGCAGUAUGAUCAGAAAGUAAAAGAAUACUGUGAGCGAUAUGCAAAGAAGGAGACUGUCACCAAUUCCACAGCUGAAGUGGAGAGUAGCGAUGAGGACAUCAGUGACGAAGAAAGUGGUUCUAUUGACGAUGAUAUUGCUGGACAUGCCGAUCCAUGAUGAACUGGGUGUGCUUCAUUCCCUGAUUUUAAAACCAUCUUUAUAGCAGCCAGCAACGAUGAAAUCCUCUAAUAUACUGUACUCUUCAAUUGUAACUAGUUGUAUGAUGCUAUGUUAUUUGCUUGUAGAAUCAUCAUUGAUGCUGGAUAUUUCCAUUGUGACACCUGUAAUGAUGUUUAAAGAUACAGGGGAUGAAAUGAAAAACAAAGAAACAAAGGAAUCCACAAGUUAAUCCA